AGCCGAUGAGCGCGGCAGCCGCCGAAGUUCCUACUCCCUGCUCGCCAAGACCAGCUCUUCCGCAGCCAGUUUGGUGGAGGAGUGUUCCUUCGUCAGUGAUCGCCACUCCAGCCUCGAGUUCUUCGAUUGCUGUGUCCAGAAGGUGGACGUUGACAGAACUGAUGCCGAGCUGCGCCUGGCACAGAAGGUGGCACAGAAAUACUCUGAGGUGGGCGACAUGUGGGCCAAGUGGCUGCUGGCCCAGUGCUACGCACUGUGGUUCAUCUACCUGCCCACCCUGGUCCGUGCCCGCGGCCACGCUCUGCGUGUCCCAGCCCUGCACGCCGCGUACCAGCUGCUCAACAAGAUGCAGGCCCGCAAGGUGCUGCUGCCCGACGAGGUGUGCCACCGGACGCUGAUGCAGCUGUGCGGUCAGUACGGUGAGCCGGUGUUGGCCGUCCGCGUGCUGCACGAGAUGAAGAAAGCCGGCAUCGUGCCCAACGCCGUCACCUACGGCUACUACAACAAGGCGGUGCUGGAGAGCAAGUGGCCGUCCCGCAGUCAGGGCGUGGGGCGUCUACGGUGGAGCAAACUGCGCAACGUCGUCAUGGCAACCGCGCAGUUCCGGCGGCCCCUCCGCCAACGGCAGGAGAGACUCCUUGGGCGAUCCCAUGAGGAGGGUGUGCGUGUGGGACCCCGGGGCCUCCUGCAGCGAAACACCACCUGGGCGGGCAGUGCCAGCAGCCUGGAGUCCUGGCGCACGUCCACGCCAUCCCUGGUGAAGAGCCGCAGUGCCAGCUGUACCCGUGAGCUGCCCCCCCUCUCGCCACGCGACGGCCUCGCCAACGGCCCCGCCAACUCCCCGCCGCUCGCCAAGCCGGUGAACGGCAGCCUGGUGCCGGUGCCGGGGGCCGCAGGGGCCGGAGGGGGCAAGGCGGGCACAGAGGUGACCCCCGGCCGGACCAGGCCUCGCAGCCGCGGGCUGUCGGGGAAGAUCCACAACUUACUGACCGCAUCGGCCAACCGGAGACCCCCCCGCGGCAGCAGCAGCAGCACCGGGCGCUUGGAGCCCGACGUGACCGCACCCUCACCCUCACCCUCACCCGCACCUGCUGUACCAACCGCACCAACGCGCUCGCCGGGCAACGAGAGUCAGGUGCUGCUGUCGAGCUGCUCCCCCUGCACGGGCUGCGGGGUGCUGGUCUACGACGAGGAGAUCAUGGCGGGCUGGGCAGCCGACGACUCCCAACCUCAACUCCUCCUGCCCCUCCUGCAGGCCGCCCCCUUCCUGCCCCUCCUCAACGUGGACGUACAACCCUCACACACACCCUCACACAGGUAG